AUGGUUCAACAGUGCACUUUUUUGGAGUGUGAACAAAGGGAUCGCAGCUUUGAAGCGGAUUCAGUUUGCCACGAUGAUCUUUGCAAUCGAGUACCCGGAAAGGCAAUCGAAACGGAGUUGCUCAAAGUUUCCGAUCCCAAUGAGGAUCCUGUGGCUGAUUUCACCUGCUACGUCGGUAUUCAAGUCGGAAGUAUGACAUUGGCUGGAGCCGUUUCCUCGUGCAGUCAAGCUGGCGCCACCGGAUCGUGCGCUUCAGCUUCGACCUUCCUCGGACAAUACCAAGCCACUCUCUACUUCUGUACAACGCACGCGAUUUGCAACGCUUUCGUCACCCCAUCUCCCCCC